CUGGUCCAACCGUCGGCUCCGUGAGCUCCUUGUGUCCCCACUGCAGUUCCUCCAAGCAGACUCACUUGUGUCCGUCCUUCCGGCACAUCCAUACAAACCGACCGGUCACGUCCCGGAGCUGUUCAUUCUUGGCUUGCCGGCUCCAGCUACCGACUUCAACACCGCCACAAGUAUCGUUGGUGCGAUUUUUAAAAAAAGACCCGAAGGGAAGUCAGACAACAAUGGUUGGUCAAUGCACCGAAACCGUCGACCAACCGUUCUGUGAGGAUUGUUUUGCUGUGGACGAAAAGAGGAGGAGUCUAUUCGCAAGCGAGAGGGGAGAGCAGUCGGUCGGGUCCGCGAAGGCACAACUACUCGGUCGCUGUGGCUCAACUCACUAGUUUCCCGGUGAAUGCUGAAACCGGUGGACUUUUACCACAACCGGAGCACAACGUGUUGCAGCGUGCGGAAGCUUUCCGGACAGCAGCAGGAGGAGACGGUCUGAGACUGCUCGGGACACGGCUCUGGGACCGAAAAUCGCGGGAACGUGGCGACGCGAAAAUACGGCGAGUCGAGGUUGUCGAAGGAUUCUGCGGUAAAUCAAUGACCAAGAAGCUCUCGGGUUGAAGGCAGCAAUGGAAGUUGUUGUAAUCGAGGAAAAGAAGAAGAUUUUCCGUGCCAGGAAAACCAUGAAGAUCAGCGACCGACAGCAACUGGAUAGUCUUCAUGGCACUUUGUUGACAGCCGGUCCGGGUAUGUCGGACACAUCGCCGCCGCCGCCGCCUCUAGUGAACGGCACGCACAAAGAGGACGGACCAAAAGCGGGGGACGGGGAGCAAAACACUUCAGACUCAAACUCCCCCCGAGCCACGUCCCCCGCCUCCCCAUCUCCUUUCCUGUCACUCAAUCUGUCUCCGUCGCCGGCCUCUUCGCAAAGUCCAAAAGACAAGGACGACGCUCCAACUUCUCCCUCGUCUCCAUUCCACUCCCUGAACUUUGAACUGAAAAAGAUGGACGAUGAGGAGGAGGAGGAGGAUGUGAUGAUGAUGGAGGAGGAGGUGGAGCUGAAGGAAAAGAAAGUCUCACCAGUGUCCUCAUCAAAGGAGUCCGUUACACCAGCACCAUCAGAAUCCAAGGAAAACCAGGAACAAGAUUCUGAGGGGACCCCAAAGAUGGAAAAGAAAGAGGAGGACCAGACUUCAACAGAGGACCCAGUUGUGGAUUUGUCAAAGAAUUCUGUCAAUGGUUCGUCUCCAUGUUCGCUCGUUCCCGCGUCUGGCUGCACAGAACCGAUGGAUACGGGUUCUGACACGACAAAGGCCAAGGAGCCCGCGGCCAAAAUACAAGAGGAAAAGCCUUCUUGCCCCAAAUCUACCACUUCCGAUUCCUCUCCUCCCUGUCCUUCCUCUUCUCGCCCAGGGUCCUCUUCUAAGGAUCUGAAACAGGACAAGGAAAUCAAAGACGAUGACAGAAAAGAAGAGAAGGGUGUGAAGAAAAGAUCAACCAGUGAGGAAAAGAUGGAGGUAGACUCGACCAAAAAGGAAAAGGCUGAAGUUGGACAAACAAAAAAGCCAUCUCAGCCCUCUUCCACUCCCCCAUCUCAUCCAGUAGUGCAGGAGGAAAAGAGCACCACGUCGGGACUGAAGCGCACUUUGUCGGAGGGCUUUGAAAAAGAUGGACAAACUGUAAAAAGAGAGGGGAAGAGGCCCAAGGUGGAGCGCCAGGAGCUGGAGGCAAAACUGGAAUUUAAAUUUACCGCAAAAGCCGGGGGACACCACAAACUUGAAAAGAUUGUGCAACAUCUUGUCGAUGAACGGCUGAAGGUCCUGGAGCUGACCAUUUUUGACAAACAUUUCCAAGAGCUGAAGGAACGAGUGGACAACAUCGACUCUGCCCCUAAACACCAAACCGCCAUCACCAUGCUCCAAGCCAAGAUAAACCGCCUGACAAAGAAGUUUGGGGAGGCCAAUCAGGCGUCGGAGAACAAAAGGAAACAGGAAGCCCUCGCUGCUGCCACUGCUGCUGCCGCUGCUGCUGCCACUGCUGCUGCCACUGCUGCCGCCACUGCUGCUGCCACUGCUGCUGCUGCCGCGGCCGCCGCCGCCACCGCCGCUGCUGCCAAGAACGUGACUGUUACGAACAGCCCUCAGUUUCAACGGCCAGUCCGCCCAGCCAUGGAGCUAAAGCAGGUUGCCACGAGCGUUUCUUCGUCCAGCACAGUUGUAAAUCCAUCCCUGUCGGUUCCGAUCUCAAGUCUGGCCCAUACGCCCACUGCCUCCGCCAUGGUGUCACAGGCCCCCAUCCUCCAGCUGAUCACCACCACGUCUAACGCCGGCUCCAACUUAGCCACGGGCAUCACCACUCAGAGCCCCACAGGCACGCUGCUGCUGAAGACGGCCAGCGGGAACAGCUUGAUAGCGGGGGGCCAACCGCUCCUCAUCCAGCUGCCGUUAUCGAUGACCACUGGCCAGGGAGGAACUCUGGUCAACUUCCCCGUCUCCACGCUUUCGGCGGGCGGCUCGCUCGGCAAGGCCAAGACCACGACUACCACGGCCACGUUUAUCCUCAAGCCUGCCCCCGCCAUUACCACCUUGGCAGCGGGUGCCGUCGCGACCGUCCCGGCGCUCCAGGCCGCGGCCGGCCACAUGCCCCCCGCCCAGAUCUCCCUUAGCCGUGCUAUGAUGUUCCAAGGUGGAGCUGGGGGGAUAGCUCCGCCCAACGCGGGGGUAUCCGUGACCACGGCCAGGAUGCCGGCUCAGUCCGUGUCUCUAGCGGGAGCGCUGUCUUCAGCUUCUUCCCCGGCAACCUCUGGACCCGCGGCAACAGGUUCCGCCGCUCCAGGACCACCACAGGGGACGUCUCUGACAUCAAAGACAGACAACCAAGCUCCAGGAUCCACUCCAUCCAAAGCAGCUGCUUCAGCGGGUCGACCCAAAGGCUCCGUCAUCGAUCUCACUGAAGACGAUGAUGAUGUACAAGUGACGGGAGUGAAGAGCGCCACUGUCGCGGCUCACUCACCGACCCAGCGACCAAAUCCAGUCAUCAGCAUUCCCAACAGUGCGACACAAAGGUCGUCCCCGCAAAGCGUUCAGAGCGUUCCCAGCAAUCCUCAGUUGACGGUCCACCACCGCCCCCUACAGGAUUCUUCGAUGAAACCCCGCCCCGCGGCCACAGGUACGCCGAUCCGGAACACCACUGUGAGUGUGGUGCUGCCCCCCCUCCCCGCUGCGCCCACACCGUCGCGCGUCCUCCCUGAGGCGGAGCGGUCCUCGCCUCCACAGCAGCCUCAGCUGAAGCUUGUGCCGAGUCAGACGGGCAUAGUGCUGUCCUGGUGCGUCACAGAGACCGACCGCUCCUGCGCGGCCGUGGACAGCUAUCACCUCUACGCCUUCCAUCAAGACAACUCCAACAGCAGCGCAGCACAGCAGCACUGGAAGAAGAUCGGGGAGGUGAACGCCCUCCCUCUGCCCAUGGCCUGUACACUGACCCAGUUCCAGUCCGGCUCCACGUAUCAUUUCGCCGUCCGAGCCAAAGACAUCUUCGGGCGCUUUGGCUCCUUCUGCGAACCUCAGUGCACCAAUGUCAUCAAUUCCAGCUCCAGCUGAGCAGUUGAGGAGCGAAAGACAAUUUUUAGAAUUUGAAAGUUUGUGAUUUCCUUUACUUUUUUUUUUUUUUUUUGUGUUCGAGAAACUCGAGUAUUGUGCAUUGAACUCAUACAGUAUCUGUAAAUAUCUCUGCAUAACAACUGGACUUCUGACUGAGUUGGAGAAUGGAAGAGUGGAAAACGGUUGGUUUUGGCUGGUUGAUGUAAGCAUUGUGUUUUCUGUGACUCAAGCUGUUGUAUAUAGUCUGAUUACUUUCGCCCUCAACAAAGUCAGAUAUUUAUGUUGUUGUCUCCUGUUCGUCUGACCUGGAUGUCUUUGGCUUUCCUUCAGAACAGCCGACGGGAGCAUCCAUGUAAAUUCGGAGUUGCACAGAAAUGUAUAAGUGUGGUAGAAACUGAAUGAUAACUUUUGUAAGUUCUGUCUGGCAACCAGACUUUGAAAAACACAAUUAAAGUCUUGGCGUAUUCAUUUUUUGACAAAUUGCAUUUUCUGUUUUGUGGUUCGAAGCUUUUCACUCCAAGUACGACACUAGCGAUCUACCACCUUGGGCACACCAGUGGCCACAUUGGCACUAAAAGGACGUCUGUGACAAAAGUCGCCUGUUCGACAUUUCUAAAUUGAUGUGCAGUACUUUGUUCUCUUGUGAGAUGAUGACCUGCUGCAGCUUUGGUCUCCUCGGGAAUCUGGUCCCUGUGGCGUUUGAGACUAAUGCUGCUAUAGAUGCUUUUACAGCUGGUUCAAAAUGAUGAGGUACGCUAGUGUGCGCAUGCAGGUUGGCAGCGGGAGUCGGGCAGAAUGCAACUUGUCAACUAUAUAAGGGCAUCAACUAAUAAAGAGCGCAAAUGCAACCUAGA